GUAAUUGAAUUUCCUUCUCAUUUCCUUUCCCAUAGAUUUCAGAAAAGAAAAAAGACAUGGAGAAGAACCCAGACUUGUCUUCAGUUAAUUGUUUCCUGUUCAAGGAACUUAGUACUUUACCACAACCCUAGAUUUUCAGACCGGAACAACAAAAAGUAGACCAUGUUAGAAGACAAAGCUUACUCAUGCUGCUCUUUAGUUAUUCGCAUAUUCUUAAUCCUAAUUACAGCUUUUGCUGCUGUUUCAGGAAAUUCUCUAGACACAGACAAAGAAGUCCUGCUGAACCUGAAAUCAUUUCUGGAAGAACAAAACCGAGUUAAUCGAGGAAGAUACACAGAAUGGAAUGAAAAGAGCUCAAAUCCAUGUGAGUGGUAUGGAAUCUUGUGCUCUAAUGGCGAGGCGAGAAUCGUUGGUAUGGACCUUUCUGACAGCAAUAUUUCUGGGGAAAUGUUCAACAACUUCUCAGCCUUAACUCACCUUCAACAUCUUGAUCUCUCUACAAACACGCUAAAUGGAGUGAUCCUUGAUGAUUUGAAUAGAUGCCACAACCUUGUGUAUCUCAACUUAUCACAUAAUAUUCUCGGAGGUGAGCUGAUGUUGACUGGAUUGACCGGUUUAGAGAAGCUUGAUUUGUCUACUAAUCGGUUUCAUGGGGAGGUCAAGUUUAGUUUCCCAGCAAUUUGCCACAAACUAGUUGUUGCAAACCUUUCAAUGAAUAAUUUCUGGGGUAGCACUGACUACUUCGAUGGCUGCUGGAAUCCGCAGUAUCUGGAUUUGAGCUCCAAUAAUUUUAGUGGUAAUAUUUGGACAGGGUUUGCAACGCUAAUUGAGUUUUCAGUUGCUGAAAACUAUUUCACAGGGUCAGUCCCGGCAUCUUGUUUUAUGGAGAAUUGUACUGUGCAGAUUUUGGAUCUAUAGAAAACAAAUUCCAGAGUGAGGUUCCAGGGGAGAUUUCGAAUUGCAAGAAUUUGUGUUGGAUCUUAGAAAACAGAAUAAGAAAUUUCAGCUGAAA